CUACACACCAACCAACCAACCAACCAACCAAUCCAUCCAACUCACCCAAAAAAUGUUAAAAUCAAUCUCAUCAAACCUUAUCAAACACUCAAUCAAACCAACCAACCAAAAAAUCAUUCAAUUCAAACCUACGAUCCAUCGAUCCUUUUGUAAAACUUCAUCUGAUUUCAAUCAAAGCAAACCUACUUCACUUUAUACUUUUACAGAAGAUGAAAGUAUGUUUAAGGAUUUGGCUAGUAAGUUUGCUGAGGAGGUUGUUAGUCCUAAAGUAAGAGAGAUGGAUGAAAAAGAAGAAAUGGAUCCUGAAAUUGUUAAAGGUUUGUUUGAUAAUGGGUUUAUGGGCAUCGAGAUCCCCGAAGACUUUGGAGGAUCAGGCGCUUCGUUUAUGUCUGCAAUCCUAGUGAUCGAAGAGUUAGCCAAAGUAGAUCCAUCAGUUUCUUUAAUAUGUGAUGUACAUAACACGAUUGCCUCCACAACGAUUCGAAACUAUGGAUCACCCAAACUAUUAGAAAAACAUUUACCAAAGCUAGCUACAUCUAAAGUAGCAUGUUUUUGUUUAAGUGAACCAUCAAGUGGAUCAGAUGCGUUUGCAUUAAAAACAAAAGUUACCAAAGAUUCGAAUGGAAAUUAUGUUGUGAAUGGAAGUAAGAUGUGGAUUACCAAUUCAAAAGAAGCUGAAAUCUUUGUAGUCUUUGCGAAUUUAGAUCCUCAGAAAGGGUAUAAAGGGAUUUGUUGUUUUUUGGUAGAAAAAGAAAUGGGAGUUCAGGUAGCUAAGAAAGAACAGAAAUUAGGUAUCAAGGCUUCUUCUACUUGUACUCUUAAUUUUGAUAAUGUUGUGGUUCCUAAAGAAAAUUUAAUUGGUGAAGAAGGUAAAGGGUAUAAAUAUGCUAUUGAGAUUUUAAAUGAAGGUAGAAUUGGAAUUGCCGCUCAAAUGAUUGGAUUGGCUCAAGGUGCAUUUGAUAAAUCAGUAAGUUAUACUUAUCAAAGAGAACAAUUUGGACGACCGAUUGGAGAGUUUCAAGGAAUGCAAUUUCAAUUUGCCGAUAUCCAAACCGAAAUCGAAGCAGCUAGAUUAUUAACGUAUAAUGCAGCCAGACUUAAAGAAGAAUCCAAACCGUUCACAGAGAUGGCAGCGAUGGCUAAAUUGUUUUCGUCGGAAGUCGCUCAAAGAGCUUCGGGUAGUGCUAUUGAAUGGUGUGGUGGGGUUGGCUUUACUAGAGAAACUGGAAUUGAAAAGUAUUGGAGAGAUUCGAAAAUCGGUGCUAUUUAUGAAGGAACUUCUAAUAUUCAACGUUCUACUUUGGCUAAAUUUAUUGCUAAAAGACUUUCUUAAAUGAACUCACUUGAUUUUCUUCAAAAGAAGAUUCGGUUGAUUUAUAAGAUUAGGUUUCUUAGAAACUCUAAUUAUUUAACUUUUGAUCUGAUUGAAAGGUUUUUUGUUUCGGUUUGUAUGAUUAAAUAGAUGGGAAAGGUGUGAAAGAAGAAGAGGCAAGAGGGGGGAGGUUUCUCAUGGGAUUUCGAUUUGAUAUGGUUUUUUUUUGGUUUUGUAGGCUUUUGUUGAUCGUUUUUUGUUGAUUCCUUUUUUGUUCUUUGUAUUUGUGAUAGUGCAAAUUGCAAUGGUAUUUCAGUUUGUUUAUGUACU